GUUACCCCUGACCGCCCUGCGCCACUCUUCCUGUGCAUCCCGGGCUCCGAGAGAUGGCAUGGUUUUACACGCACCCAUGGCAGCCUUCCACGCCAUAGUCACUGUGAUUACCGUGGUGUCUCUCAGCCUGAGCGGGGCAUGGGGGUUGGUUGACGUGUUUGACGUGCGCGAGACCACCAUUGCCGGGGUGCACGAUGCGCUCUUCAAGGGCCGCACGACGUGCCGAGGCAUCGUUUCUGCCUUCAUUACGCGCAUCGAGGAGCUCAACCCGAUCCUCAAUGCGGUCAUCUCGCUGAACCGCGAAGCGCUCGUUGUUGCUGACCGCCUGGACGAGCGGAUCGCGGCCGGCUACGUCACGGGGCCGCUGUUCUGCAUCCCCGUGCUCCUCAAGGACAACUUCGAUGCGGCGGGCAUGAGCACCACAGGUGGGUGUCGGGCGCUGAUAGACAACGAGCCUUUGGCCGACGCGCCAACGGUGAGGGCGCUGGCGGAUGCUAGAGCGGUGAUCCUCGGCAAGACCAACAUGCACGAGAUGGCCCUCGAAGGACUGACGGUCUCCUCGCUUGGUGGCCAGGCGGUCAAUCCCUACGACCUGAGCCGGACGCCAGGCGGGAGUAGCGGGGGGGCCGGAGCAGCGGUUGCCGCGAGCCUGGCCGUCCUUGCCACCGGCACCGACACGGUCAACUCGCUGCGCAGCCCCGCCAGCGCGAACUCGCUGUUCUCGUUCCGCCCCACGAGAGGCCUGAUUACUCGGGCCGGCGUCAUCCCGGUGAGCUUUGCGCAGGAUGCCGUCGGCGCAAUGGCACGUAAUCCCAGGGACCUCGCCGUUGCGCUGACGGUCAUGGCGAGCGCCGGCUUCGAUGCCCGCGACAACGCCACAGCCCUGGCCCCUGCCCCUGUCAGACGCGCGGACUACUCUGCCCACCUGCACGGCGGCGGCCUGAAAGGGCUGCGCUUUGGCCUGUUAAGCGGCUUCUUCAACCGUACAGCAUCUGCUGAGACAACGCCGGUUAACGACGUGAUGGCCAACAUGAUUUUCCAUCUGACAAGGGCGGGUGCCACCGUGGUGAACAUUACGGCGCCCGUCUACGACACGCUCGCGCUUGCCGAGCUCGACGUGCAGGCGUACGAGUUUAGGGAGAUGCUCGACGCUUACCUGGCUGCAGGAACCGCCAGCCCGCACUCCCGCCCCGCGGGAUUCCGCGAGCUGUACGACAGCGGCAGCUUCCUCGUCAUCCCCGCGCAGCACAACUUCAUCAGGAGGGCGUCGCGUUGCUCAACCGGCGACGCCGCCUACUUCGAAACGCUGGGGCGCAUCCGGCAGCUGACGCGCACACUCGGCGCCACCUUUGCGAGCAACAAGCUCGACGCGGUUAUCUACCCGGAGCAGAAAAAUCUUGUCGUCAAGAUCGGUUCGCCGUCCCAGGCGGGCAGAAACGGCAUCCUGGCCGCCUUGACCGGCCAUCCCGUCGUCUGUGUGCCCGCUGGCUUCUCCCCUCCUUCCGCCGACGCCCCGCUGGGCGUUCCCGUCGGCAUGGAGAUCCUCGGCCGACCGUGGAGCGAGAGUCUGCUGCUGAACAUCGCAACCCACAUCAGCGAGCUUGUGCCUGUCAGGAGGAUGCCGCCGUUUGCCAGCAAGACGUUCGAGCCGAGGGCAUACGACGGGGUGCCCUCGGUUGUGCCGAAUACGGCCAGCAUCCCGACCGAGUAUCCGCAUGGUGUAUAUUAGAGGAUCUUGGGGGGGAUAAGGCUGCUGGUAUUUGGUCUUCGUAGAACGUCGCUUUGAAUCAUCAUCCUUGCUCGGGAACUAGGGACGACCGACCGCUCCUCCUCCUCUCUCGAGUUGACGCAAGAGAAACCCGCUCGCGCACUCGACGUGCCGAGCUUCGUUUAAAGGGGUAACGCUGAGACAGAGAAACAUGGUGGCUGUAGCAGGGCUUCCUUCCAAUUGCUCGACUCUGUCCUAUGCGCCUAAGCUAUUUGCCCCAACCAGUGUCCGGCAUUACAUUAUUAACU